ACCAAGCGAGUGGAACUACAGACUGGUUUCACUCCAUUUUUCCCUCUGCGCAUAUGGCAGCGUAUAGUUCCCGCAGAUAGAACUUGUGCAGGGAAGAACUUUGUGUUUGCGGAGGCAGAGCAGAGGAGGGGGGGUCUGCGCGUGCAAGGAUGGAACAUUUAAUAAGGACCAGGUCGCGCAGGAGAAUAUCGCUAUUUGUUUUCAUCCUGCUCCAUGUCACCACGACACAAGCCGCUGAUCCCAUUGAUGUUCUGAGAGUGCUGGAGCUGUCAGAGAACAUGGAGGGGGUGUCGCUGGAGGCCGGUCUGUGCACCAGCAGGAGGGGCAUGGAGGAGACGGACCUGGCUUACAAGAUAGAAAGAAAGAUCCAGCUCAGCGCUCCCACCAAACAGCUCUUCCCUGAUUCCCAAUUCCCUGAGGCCUUCUCCUUGAUGGCCACGGUGCGAGCUACAAAGGGUUCCCAGUUCUUCCUGCUCUCGGUAUACGAUGACCAGGGGGUGCAGCAGCUGGGGCUCGAGGUGGGCCGUUCGCCUGUCUUCCUUUACGAGGACCAACGUGGGCAGCCCCCACCGGAGUUGUACCCCAUCUUCAAGAAGAUCAACCUCGCCGAUGGAAAAUGGCACAGGAUAGCCUACAGUGUGCAGGGCAAGUCUGUGACCCUCUACUUGGACUGCCAGAAGGUGGAGACCCUGGAUCUUCUGCGAGGGGACAAUGCUGUCGUCAGCACAGAGGGCGUCACUGUAUUCGGAACACGGCUGCUGGACGAAGGCGUAUUCGAGGGAGUUAUUCAACAACUGCUGAUUGACGAGGACGCCCAGGCUGCUGCAGACUACUGUGUAAACUACAUACCAGACUGUGACUCUGCUUUGCCACACAACAUCCAAGCCCUCGACCUGCAGGAGAAGUCCCGACUUGGGUCUGAUGCCUUGAUGCCAAGUGCCGAGCCGGAUGAACCAAAGGAGGUCUCCAAAAAGAACAGGAAAGGCAAAAAGAACAAAAAGAAGAGAGACAAGGGCUCGAAAGAAAAACGCAAAGGCAAGGGCAAGGGCAAGGGCAAGAAGGGAUCCAGAAAGAAGAAACACCAGGAGGAGGGUCUCGAGGACGGCUUCCUCCAAGUGUCCACAACUCUGCCUGAGUAUCUAUCUCAGGAACCGUUUCAGCCCACUGAGGUGCCGGAAAGUAAAAGCACCCAAGAAACUUCCAUUCCCGCCGACGUCUUCGACGAGAACCUCGCGGAGAUGCCAACACACGAACCGGACUUCACAAACGAGGCCCCCAACGUGGUGCCCAGUGCAUUGCCUGAAUCAGUGGUUACUGAGGAGGACAGCAAACCAGUGAAGAGGCCAAGGGUGGAAGAGGAUGAGAAUGAUCAUCUGUAUGAUGAUCUCUCAGUUUCCACGGUAACAGGGGGCCCAAACAUUACAGAUUAUGAGAUUCUCGAAUAUGAAAAUGACAAGAACGCCACAGAGUAUGAGGAGUAUGAAAUAUACGAGGAUGGUUUUGACUUUGCAGAGCGGGAAAGGGCAGAGACGUGGGACGGAGAGGCUGGCCGCAGAGCGGAGAAAGGCCAGAAGGGAGAGCCAGCUAUCAUUGAACCGGGUAUGCUAGUGGAGGGACCACCAGGUCUACCAGGGCUAGAGGGGCUGGCCGGCCCAGCUGGACCAACAGGACCUCCAGGACCAAGAGGAGAUCCUGGCGAAUUGGGUCCCCCUGGACGUCCUGGUCUUGCUGGGGUUGAUGGGAUCCCAGGUCCUCCAGGGACCCUGCUGAUGCUACCAUUCCAGUAUGGAGGUGAUUCUCAGAAGGGACCAGUGGUGUCUCCCCAGGAGGCUCAAGCACAGGCUAUCAUGCAACAGGCCCAGCUGUCACUGAAGGGACCUCCAGGUGCAAUGGGUCUUGCAGGGCGAUCAGGCCCACAGGGUCUUCCAGGGUCGUCUGGGCCCAAAGGAGACUUCGGAGACAGUGGCCCUUCUGGAGCACGUGGCUUUCCAGGCCCUCCUGGAAUUAAAGGGAAGCCUGGAAAAAGGGGCCGUGCAGGAGUGGAUGGAGGUCGCGGGGCUCCAGGUGAAACAGGCUCUAAGGGUGACAGGGGCUUUGACGGCCUGCCAGGUAUCGAAGGAAACAAGGGACACAGGGGCGACAGAGGAAAGCCGGGUCCUCAUGGGCCUGCCGGGGAGUCUGGAGAAAAGGGAUCCGAUGGACCUGUGGGGCCAGGAGGGCAACCGGGCGAAUCUGGUCCUCGGGGUCUUGUUGGGCCAAGGGGGCCACCUGGCCCACCUGGCCAACCAGGUAUUCGUGGAACUGAUGGAGUACAAGGCUCAAAGGGCAACCUGGGUCCACCUGGAGAUCUAGGGUCCCCAGGUCAGCAGGGAAAUCCAGGAGUUCAGGGCUUGACUGGUCCUCAGGGUCCCAUCGGAUUGCCAGGGGAGAAGGGUCCCCAGGGGAAACAAGGCAUGCAGGGACUGUCAGGCAUUGAUGGCCCUCCUGGUCACCCAGGAAGAGAGGGCCCCGCGGGAGAGAAAGGAAUCCAAGGUUUAACAGGCGCUCACGGACCUGUCGGGUACCCGGGGACCCGCGGAGUCAAGGGAGCAGAUGGAGUUAGGGGUCUUAAAGGUGGCAAAGGAGAGAAGGGUGAAGAUGGCUUCCCUGGGUUCAAGGGUGACAUGGGGCUCAAGGGAGACAGGGGCGAUAAUGGCGCUCUGGGUGCUCGCGGAGAGGACGGACCAGAGGGGCCGAAGGGCCAAGCCGGAGUCUUGGGAGAAGCAGGGGCUCUGGGGAUCGCUGGCGAAAAGGGUAAACUUGGUGUGCCUGGAUUGCCAGGAUACCCGGGAAGACAAGGUCCUAAGGGAUCACUUGGCUUCCCUGGUAUGGUGGGGGUCCUGGGAGAGAAAGGACGAAGGGGUCCAGCUGGUCAACCAGGGUCUGGGGGCCAAAGGGGUCCUAAUGGAGCCCGAGGGGGAAGAGGAGCAAAGGGACCCACUGGAAAGCCUGGAGAAAAGGGUUCUUCCGGGCAAGAUGGUCCUUCAGGAUCCCCCGGAGAACAGGGGCCCCAAGGACCACAGGGAAGAAAUGGCGAACCAGGAACUAAAGGCCCUAAUGGUCCACCAGGAAAGGAUGGUAUACCAGGUCAUCCAGGCCAGAGAGGCGAACCAGGUUUCCAAGGCAAGAAUGGCCCCCCUGGCCCCCCCGGUGUUGUUGGACCACAGGGCAAAUCUGGUGAGACGGGGCCAACUGGAGACAGGGGCCAUCCAGGUUCACCAGGACCGCCCGGUGAGCAUGGUUUGCCGGGAGCUGCCGGAAAGGAGGGUACCAAGGGAGACCCAGGACCGUCAGGAGCCUUCGGGAAAAGUGGCCCUGCUGGGCUCCAAGGCUUCAGAGGGAGCAGAGGAACACCUGGUGCCAUGGGACCUGCAGGUCUGAAGGGAGGAGAGGGUCUACCUGGUAUUGCUGGAUCGACUGGUGCUACUGGAGAGAGGGGCCCCGCUGGGUCGGCUGGCGCUAUCGGGCAGCCGGGGCGGUCCGGUGGCGUGGGUCCUGCUGGGCCGAUGGGAGAGAAAGGCGAGCCGGGAGAUAAGGGGCCUGUGGGCCCGGCUGGGCAUGAUGGGGAAGUUGGACCUCUAGGGCUGCCAGGAGCUGCAGGACCUGCUGGACCUCCAGGAGAGGAUGGAGACAAGGGAGAAACAGGAGGACCAGGCCAGAAGGGCAGCAAAGGAGACAAAGGAGAAUCUGGACCCCCAGGUCCUCUUGGAAUUCAAGGACCUGUCGGCCAGUCAGGACCAACCGGCGCAGAUGGUGAGCCAGGUCCUCGUGGGCAGCAGGGAAUGAACGGAGCGAAAGGAGAUGAAGGACAAAGAGGCUUUAAGGGGGCAUCUGGUCCUUCUGGACUACAGGGAAUGCCAGGACUACCAGGGGAGAAGGGAGAGAACGGACACGUUGGCUCGAUGGGACCCCCAGGCCAGCAUGGCCCACGAGGCCCUCAGGGACCCAAUGGUGGAGAGGGUCCACACGGAACGCCUGGUGGAGUUGGUCAGCCUGGACUUGUUGGAGAGAAGGGUGAGGACGGUGAGGCUGGAAACCCGGGUUCAGCUGGACAGCCUGGCACUGCUGGUGCUAGAGGCGAUGUGGGGGAGAAGGGUGACUUUGGCCCUCCCGGUGCAUCUGGGCCUCCGGGACCCAGAGGAGUACCAGGCGAGGACGGAUCCAAAGGCGUCCUUGGCCCUAUUGGAUUUCCUGGAGAUUCGGGACCAACCGGAGAACCUGGCGUCAAUGGGGUAGAUGGUGGACCAGGGCCUAAGGGAGACAAUGGAGAUCCUGGCAAAGCAGGACCCCCUGGAGCCUCUGGAGAGCCAGGUCCCUCGGGACCUCCUGGUCGGAGGGGUCAUAUAGGGGCUGCAGGAAAAGAAGGGAAGCAAGGCAUGAAGGGAGCCAUGGGGACAACAGGAACCACAGGUCCAGUAGGUAAGACAGGCCCUGUGGGACCCCAAGGCCAUCCAGGAAGGUCUGGUCCAGAAGGUCUUCGAGGCAUCCCAGGUCCUGGGGGUGAACAAGGGUUAAAUGGGCCACCAGGACAAACUGGACCACCAGGACCAUUAGGGCCACCUGGACUUCUAGGAUUAAGAGGAGACCCUGGAACGAAGGGAGAUAAAGGUCAUGGUGGGCUGAUUGGUCUAAUUGGCCCCCCGGGAGAGUUUGGUGAGAAGGGAGACAGAGGCCUGCCAGGGACAGAGGGUGCACAUGGACCUAAAGGAGACGGGGGAGGGUCCGGCCAACCUGGUCCCACUGGCCCACCAGGUCCACCCGGACUAUCAGGUGCUUUAGGUGAGAAAGGAUCAAAGGGAGACACGGGUAUCGUUGGUCCCAGAGGGGAUACAGGCCCUGCUGGCCCACCAGGUUCCCCGGGACCCCCCGCGACAAUGAUUCAGCCCCUGCCUAUCAGGGAGGGCAAGCGGAAAAAACGGAGGCACUCCGAUCGUGCAGGAGGGGCAGCCCCGUCCAGGCAGGAGGAUGUGGAUCUGGACAUGGAGGAGUUCCUUCAGGGGGAUCAGCCUCUAGAGGACGCAGAGGGAAUGGAAGAAGUCUUUGCUACCCUGUCUUCUAUGAAAAACGAUGUGGAGUUGAUGAGAAGGCCUCUGGGAACUUUUGAGAGCCCUGCACGAACCUGCAAAGAGCUCAUAAUGGUUCAGCCUCACUACAAAGAUGGUGAAUACUGGAUAGAUCCUAACCAGGGCUGUCACCGCGACUCCAUCAAGGUCUACUGCAACUUCACAGCUGACGGAGAGACAUGUCUUUACCCUGACAAGAGGACAGAGAUGGUUAAAUUAGCGGCGUGGAACAAAGAGACGCCCGGAAGCUGGUACAGCCAGUACAGGAGAGGAAAGCAGUUCUCCUACAACGACAGGGAUGGGAACCCUGUGCAUGUAGUUCAGCUGACCUUCCUGAAACUACUGAGUGCCACGGCCAAGCAGAGCUUCACCUACACGUGCCAGAACUCGGCGGGAUGGUUCGACAGCACGUCCCGCUCCCACCAGCACGCCCUCCGCUUCAGAGGCAGCAACGAUGAGGAGCUGACACAAGCCAAAAGUCCCUUCAUCACCGCUGUGCAUGACGGAUGCCAGUCCCGCAAAGGUCAGGAGAGGACAGUGCUAGAGAUCGACUCCCCCUCGGCAGAGCUGCUCCCUAUCAUGGAUGUGGCUCCGGUCGAUUUUGGCCGCAGCAACCAGAAGUUUGGAUUCCAAGUUGGACGAGUAUGCUUCAAUGGUUAACACCUCGCCACUGACAAACAAACAAAAAGACCUGAACAGCAAGUUUUCAGUGAAAGGAACUGGACUUUUACCGCCGCCCGAACAAUAUUUAUUACAUCAUGUUCAUGUACGUGGUGGGAUUGUGGUACACUAUUUAAGAUUCUUCAACAGCCGCUGAAAUAGCUUUUGUGGCUGUACAACAAUCAGAAGAAUGGCGAGGAAGAGGACAAGCAACAGUGGGCACAAAGCACAUUUACCAAAGGGAAAUAUUCCAGUUAAAAAUAUUUUAUAUUUUAUUUUAGUUUUUGUUUAUUUCACUGUUUGAGUGUGCUCCAAUUGAUCCUCAAGGAACGAGGAUUGCGCCACUUCACAAUGACCACUUAUAAAAACAGGACAGAUCUGCUCACAGACAGGAACAGGCUGUCAAGCUGUGUUACGAGUCCGCUAAGUGGGACUUUUCAGAUCAUGGAUGAACUAUAGUUGCUACCUAAUGUUUUACAAAGACGCAGGCUGAAUAAAUCCGAGACGUUGUCAGA